AUGUUACAUAUUCUACACUACAUUCUACAGCUGCUAGGUUUCUAUGAACAACUUCCUCUCGGUCAGCAGUCCCCGGCUCUCCCUGUACCUGUGAUACAGGGAUUUCUCAAACCCACGGAGUUUUUUCGGGAUUAUGUGAUACCUGGCCGGCCUGUGGUAUUUAAGGGGGCUGCUAGAGAAUUUCGUGCAUUCCAAAGAUGGACUGAUGACUAUUUCUUAUCGUUUGAAGAGAGCACUAAAUGGAUGAUCCAGUACGAGCUUGGUAAAAAAGAAACCCGUGAAGGAGGUCAAGAGCCCAUCCCAUUUGCUGAUUAUAUAAAACGCUACAACGAAGAGGAUUUAUACUGUGUAACUGGAUUGCCAAAAUUUCUACGUGGGGAUCUACCAAUAUUUGGUCCUUUAAGGUGCAAGUUUGUCCUGACGAAACUCAUGGAUGAUCUGGUUAUGUGGUUUAGUAGCGGUGGUACUAAAAGUGUUUGGCACUACGACGACUAUGAAAAUCUUAACUGCCUUAUAAAAGGAAAGAAACAGCUGAUUCUCGCGAACAGGUCAGAAAUGGAACUAGGUCACUUCAAACGGGAGGGCUCUUUCUCAUCUGUAGAUGUGGACUCGGUAAACCUAAACAAGUACCCAGGAUUCGGUGAAAUUACUUUCUACAAUGCUACUAUCGAAGCUGGGGACUGUGUCUACAUUCCUACUUUCUGGGGACACACAGUUAGAUCCUGGGGGAGGAACAUAGCAAUUAAUGCUUGGUGGGAGAUCUACAAGACACCAUUCGAGUGUAUUUCUCCAGAUGACACUGACUGGGGCUCUGUAUCUAUGACAACUGACUCGGAUAUAGGUAAAGCUGGAGAGGAGGAAAUCAAGGAUACAGAAGGAGCUAGAGAGUUGUCAGGGAAUCUCAGACUUGUAAUGUGGAGUUCUUUGUCUAUGAGAACUGAGGGUCGGGUCCCUAAGAUCGAUUUUCUCGAUGCUUUGUCCGCAGUCAAAGAUGAUCUUCUGGAUCUUCUGGAAACAGUAAUCGGUGAUUCACACGAUUUGACAGACGAGGAGUGGUUAACAGUAUUCGAUCAGUUAGAUGCCAACAAAGACGAACAUCUUGACCCUACAGAAAUAGACUUAAUAUCGAAUGAUGAAACUCUGAUAUUUCUAAUAAGGCAGGCUAAAAUUGAGAGUUUAGCACGUGACUCUGACCGAGCAGAGCUUUGAGCGGAUGAGAACUAAAUUAUUUUAACUUAUGAUUGAUUUUUAAUUUUUUCAAUUUGAAUUACGUAGUGGAUCUAUUUUACAAGUAAUACAAGUAUAUUUCGGUUAAUUUUCAGAAGGUUGUUUUAAAUAAUUGAACUAAAUUUGAUCUUUUAAUUUUUGAGUAAUACACAAUACGAACAUUUAUUUUAAUAUUUUAAUGUAACAUAUAUAUAAAUACUUUAUUGAUAAAAACUGGCUAUGUUGCCUUAAUAUCUACAUUUUCCAACAUCAUUGGAAUUC